AUGUUGGACUUGAGUUUCCUUACUGAGGAGGAGUAUGAGAAGCUGAUGACGGUUCUGCAGAGAGAUGCAGAGCUGAAGAAGAAGGAUGGGGAUCGCAUCAGGCGGAUACAAGACUCCAUCAAGGAUGAGAAGAAGAAGAAAUUUGUGACAGGUGAAUGGUUUUCAGAAGUGAAGGCAAAACGGUUUCAGGAAGACUUAGAGGGGCCAGAUCUACUUCGAGCAUCGAUUAGAAGGAAAAAGGGCAAACUAGAAAGUAAAUGUCUCUGUUAUGUUACAGCUGAGGCCAAGGAGCACAUCCAAACAGGUCUGGGAAGCGGAGCUGCCCCGAGUCCUACCUUCCCCAAGCACACUGCUGGCGUGGGAGAGGAGAGAUCCAGCACACCUGCUCUUGAUAUGGCAGAAGAGUAUAAAAUCUGUCCAAAACCAAAGCCAAGACUUCAUGUCCCACUGUCUGCACCACACAAGAAAUCCAGUAUACAUGAUGCCUCUUCCUCAGAGAGUGACACUGGAACAAGUCCAUUUGUGGCUGCAACAAGCAACUUGCAUUUGUCUAGAAAAGGUCAUGGAUUACCUUCAUUGCCCACCAGCAUUUCAGAAGAUGCUGUGCCUCAGGCCAGCAGUGCAGUUGGAGGAGAAGCUGUUGAUGGGGCCUCUGGGACCACAAUGGGGGCAAAAACUCCACCUGAAGAAACUUAUGCUCCCAGCAGGAUACCAGUUAAGAAGAAACCAAACAGAAACUUUCCAAGAUGUGAGCAGUUUGUGAAUCACGUGGUACCAGCAGAGAACAGCCUCACAAACAAAAAGCUGUUGGCAAGCCCCAAACCACUAACAACAGAGGGGGAAAGCAGCCAGGCCAUGAAGCAAGGCAUAAACUAUACGAUCUCAUCAAUGAGUAACAAAGAGGAGGACAUUGGCCUUGACCAUGAACACUUCAAGAACUUGAAGAACUUCUGGGAGAAGGGAGCAGACUCUGUGAUGGUGGGGAACAUGCCAGAGGACCCAGGUUGGGUGGAGGCAGAAGGUAGGCAGUUCAAACUGUGCCGCUCACUCUCUGUGCAGCCUGGGCAAGGCCAGAACACUGUAGAAAAGCCUGGAGUCUUCACCAAAACAAGAACCCCCUACAAAAGGACAAUAACCUUGUAUUCUAGAGAGGAAGAACCAAGCUAUGUAGCCCCUGCAAGGAUGGGCUCCAUUCCCACUAUUCCUAGAUCCACGUAUGCCAAGAGCAAAGGCAGCCCGAUUGCAAGAAAUGACUCACUGAGUGAAAGCAAUGGGAAGCCACUGGUGCCAGAGGAAGAGAAGUGCAAGAAAUCCAGACUGCCUGUGCGAGCUCCUUCCACCAAAAUUGAGUCACCUACCAAAGAGGUGUCUGGCGGCGUGGUAGAGCCAGAGAUACCUACAGAUGAGUUGAUCGUGGCGGAAGAGCACAAGCACACAGAGAAUUCCCUAGCAAGCAGGGUGCAGAUCAUGAUUGAACCUGUGCUUACAGAUAGUGAAAACAACGAUGGCAAAGAGGAAAGACCUGAUUUGGGCACUCAUGACAACACGGAAAUAAAUGGAGAGCUACCUGAGGAAAAAACAUGUGAGUCUUCAGACAAGCCACCAUCCAGUGAGCCAACCGGAGAGAAAGAAGCUGUUCUGGGUAUGGACUCAGCUGUUUACUCAGAGGAAGAUGGGGAUCAUUUUACUGCUGCUCAAGCAUUGGCCCGAGCAAAUAGCAUUAAUCUUGCAAAGAGCAUGGUGAACAUUUACACAACCACAGAGACAUACAAUAAACCGUAUUUGAUAGCCCAUCAGUUCCUUGAAACUGAAAGAGUCAAAGAGCUGAGCAGAUCCUCUCCUCUCUUGUUGUCUGAGACUGAAUCAGACACGGCUUCGGAAGUCAGCUUCCAGUUUAACAGGCACAAAAAGACCCCCAGCAUUGGCAGCCACUCGUCCGACAUGGCAUCUGUCUCCUCGGUGAGUGGCAGUGUGCUCAGUGUCUACAGUGGUGAUUUUGGGAGUGUGGAUGCCCAAGGUACUGUGGAGUUUGCCUUAGACUAUGAUGAGAAGAACCGGGAGUUCCAGGUUCAUGUGUCCCAGUGCAAGGAUUUGGCUGUUGUGGAUGAGAAGAAAGGCAGAUCUGAUCCAUAUGUUAAAACUUACCUACUCCCAGACAAAGCUAGAAUGGGUAAGAGGAAAACUUCAGUGAAGAAGAGGACAGUGAAUCCCAUUUACAAUGAAGUGUUACGGUAUAAAAUAGAGAAAAUGGUAUUGCUGAUCCAAAAAUUAAAUCUUUCUGUUUGGCACAACGAUCCACUGGGACGUAACAGUUUCUUGGGAGAGAUUGAAGUAGACUUGGCCAGCUGGGACUGGAGCAACAGGAAACUCAACUGGUACUCACUGAAGCCCCGAAGCCUCUCUGCUGUUAAUGGUGUGGAUCAUCGAGGAGUGAUGAAUCUGUCUAUUAAAUAUGUCCCUCCAGGAAGCCUAGGUCCCAAGAAUCCUCCUUCUGGUGAAGUUCACAUUUGGGUCAAAGAUGUCAAAGACCUGCUGCAGUUGCGUCCUUCUGGAGUUGACUCCUUUGUGAAAUGCUAUGUGCUUCCAGACACCAGUAAGAAGAGUUACCAAAAGACCCGAGUCAUAAAAAGGGACACAAACCCUGUUUUCAAUCACACUAUUGUCUAUGACGGCUUCCAUACAGAGGACCUAAAGGAUGCUUGUGUUGAACUGACUGUGUGGGAUCAUGAAAAGCUUACCAACCAUUUCCUUGGAGGAAUCCGGCUGGGCCUUGGGACAGGUUUAAGCUAUGGCAUCUCUGUGGACUGGAUGGACUCCACACAAGAGGAGGUGGCCUUUUGGCAGGAGAUGAUGUUGGCUGCCAAUGAGUGGAUUGAGGGAUUGCUGCCCCUGCGCUCGCUGGCAGGGAGGAAAAAACUGAAAUAA